UCAAAAAGAUACACACAAUUUACCUACUUAACGUUUAUAAAAGGCACGAAGUUGACUGCUUUCGAAGCACAGUCAAGUCAACAUUGUGCCACUAAGGAACGUGAAGUUUUGAGAAAUGAGAAACUGCCUUGUCGUGUUCUUCUUCUUCUUCUUCUUCUCUCUCUGGUGCAUUUAUUUGUCUGUUCGCGGUUUAAAAUUAGCACAUUCCGGAGUGGAAGUCGUGCAAAAUACAAGUAGUUCCUCUUGCACUUCUUCUAACAACUGUAACGGCAGCAAAGUUAACUGCAAUAGCAACCAAAACCUAAGUGAAGUUGAGCAGCAAGUCCAUAGGAGAAGUAAAAGAUAUUUAUUUUUUGAAAAGGGUUCUUUUGUGUCGGUGACAACAGCUGCAGUUAAGUCUAUUCUCCCAGCAAUUCCAAGAGGAUUUAAUAUUAUUGUUGAGGAAAGUUUAUAUUAUGAACUACCUACGUCUCUAAUGCUGCCAAAAAAGAAUAUUAUGAAGCCAGUUGGAAAGACAAAAAAUAAUUUAGUGAAGGCGCCGGCAAAGACAAAUGAUUUUCAUAAACAUGGACAUAAAAAUUAUGAUUUUAACGAAUGGAAUAAUUUUCCAAACUAUGGAUAUCCAAAAUAUUACCAUAAUAAUGAGAGAAACUAUGUUCAGCAUCCAGAGUAUGAUCCUAAUGUUAAGAGGCGAAGGUUACGAGAUGUUGGUGAAGAAUUAGCUUCUUUAAUCGAUAUUGAUGCACUUUUCUUUCAAGAAAUUGAAAAUUUUGCUAAAAGACUUGGAUUUAAUGGCCGAUAUUGUGUUAUGAGAACAUUAUGUGAAGCUAAACAUCUUCUGUUUGCCGAAGGACAAUCAUUGUUUCACGAUAUUAUAAGAAUAAUUCUAGAGUCUUCUUUGCCAAAAAUUGAAAAGGAUCCAAAAUAUUACAAGGCAUGGAAUAUAGAACAUUUAAUGGAUUGUGCGAACUUAUAUGGACCACAUUGCAAGAUCAGUUUUAUUGAUUUUUUCACAUAUCAAAUUCAUGGGCCUUCGAACUGAAAAAUUAUAAAUUUUUAAAAUAAACAGAACUUCAAUUUAUUUUAAA